UAACAACCGCAUGGUGGAGACUGCGAGUAUAUCCUUUAACUCCAACCUACAGAGUCUCACUCGUCUCAUUAACGCUGGACGAGACGCGCAGCUGAUUUCUGCUAGGAUUUUUUUUUUUACAUUUCCCAUUCCGAUAACAUACAGUCAACAAAAUGGGGAAAGGAUGCAUCACUGCCACUAAGUCCUUCUUAUUUCUCUUCAACUUAAUCUUCUUUAUCUUUGGAUCUAUGAUUAUGGGAUUUGGACUGUGGAUCCUCCUAGACAAUCAGAGCUUCUUUGUUGUGUUACAGGAUUCGUCCAUGGCUCUGAAAGUGGGCUCCUAUAUUCUGAUAGGCGUUGGCUCAUUCUCCAUGGUUCUGGGAUUUCUGGGCUGUCUAGGGGCCAUUUAUGAGAUCCGCUGUCUGCUUGUAUUGUACUUCACCUGUCUAUUGCUCAUCCUUCUUGCUCAAGUGGCCGCUGCUGUGCUCAUCUUCUUCCAACGUGACGUGUUGAGGAAGGAGACAACUGAAAUUGUGACCAAAAUCAUGGCCAACUACUCUGGACAGAAUAAAACCACUGAGCAGGCCUGGGACUACAUCCAGAGAACAAUGCAAUGUUGUGGCUGGGCACAUGGGCUCAUGGACUGGGAUGCCAACUAUGUGAUGAAGAACAGCACAGUAGAUAAAUUGUACCCAUGUUCCUGCCACAAUACUUCCUUGCCUCUAUUUAAUAUUGCAGACAACGGCUUCUGUGAGGCUACAUCUAAUGACUUCCCUAUCUAUCAGAUGGGCUGCCUGGAGAAUGUGGAGAGCUGGCUCUUUACAAAUUAUGGAGUUAUACUGGGCAUCUGCCUUGGUGUGGCAGUCAUUGAGCUCCUCGGUAUGAUACUAUCCAUGGGCCUUUGCAAGAGUGUACACCAAGAAGACUACACCAAAGUGCCAAAGUACUAAAGAGCAUCGACAUGGACAUUAACAUAAUUGUAUUCAGUCCUUCCUUAUUGACUUGGAAAACAGAUCUCCCUCUUUUUCUACAGAAAAUUCAGUUUUUCCAAAAGACAGACCUGUGAUUAAGGUUUAUGUUUUGUCAAGAAAUAUGUUGCAAAAGUUCACUCUUUGUCAGUAACACUAGGUGAAUCCCCUGUGAUUUAAUCAGAUCUGUUAAGCACAGUUUGAAUGGCCCGUUGUAUGACCAUUGUCUGAAGUGUACGAGCUGCUCACAUAAAUGAAUGAAAAUCUUAUGUCAAGUUCUGGUGCCCCUCAGUGGUCUAUUUAUACAACAUCACUCUCAAUGCCCAGGCUGGUCUGUUUGCUUUGAAACAUGUAUUUCUUCAUUAUAGCAGCCCAAACUAUGAGCUAACAGCUGGAUAACUUAGGUUUAUGCUUUAUAGAAAAUAGAAACACCACAACGGCCUGCUUUUUUUUAAUCAAGGGACUUUUUUUUUAUAGAUAUUUAGCAUGUGUUCAUUUUGCCACGAAUAAGUAAGUUGUCCAUUUAUGUUUGUGUAUCAGUGUUGUUUCCAGUUGUGCUUUUGCUUUUUUUGUAUUAGUGUGUAUAUAUUUUUAGCUUUUGUUAUCAUGUUGGUUUUAGGUCAGUAACAUUCUUCAAGUCUAAAUUUUCCCAUUUUUGUACAGAAGAUAGUUUUUUUUGGGUAAAUGCUUAUGUUUUUGAGCAUAUUGUAAGGAAGUACAAUAUAAAGCUGUUCCUUGAUGAUGUGAACCAAAUGAUGAUUCACAUAGCCCCCAAAGGUGACUGUAGUCUUUAUUAUUUUUAUUUUUUUACAACUUUAUUGCAUUGAUCUUAAUUUAACUGUUUUCAGUGACACCACUAUUUAAUUAACUGUAUACUUGUUAAGUGGAAAAAAGCUAACAGUUUUUUUUCUUCUUCUUUUUUGGUCUGUAAUAGCUCUUUUCAUUGGAAAAAAGUUGAGAUCAUAAUAAAAGCUCCACAUGUAUUUUACUGUUCAAAAAAUAAAAUAAAAUAUCAAAACAUAUUAAAUACAGGGAAUACAGUCCCCUACAAAGCUAUUAAAAUCAAAUAUAGAAGUAUUGCAGCUACAUGUACCUUCUAAAGCUGAAAGUGUUUCAAUAAAAAACUCACCCAACCUA